AUGUUCGGUGUCUUUCACGGAUUGUUCGCCAAGAAGAAGUCUGUCUCGUCAAUUGGCGUCGGAAGCCCGAGGAAGCCUGAAGAAACGAACGACGAGCGGCAAAGUCAAAGUCAAAGUGAUCACGAGCGUCGGAAACAAAUCUCGGUGCGCGGAAUCGCCCAAGUCGAAAACGUCACCAACAUCAAGAAGACUUUUAACCGUCAUCUACAUUUCUCGGUGAUCAAGGACCGCAACGUUGCUACACCUCGGGACUACUACUUCGCGUUGGCAAAUACUGUGCGGGAUCAUAUCGUCAGUCGAUGGAUUCGCACCCAGCAACACUACUACGAGAAGGAUCCGAAGAGGGUGUACUACUUGUCACUCGAGUUCUACAUGGGCCGCACGCUUUCCAAUACGAUGAUCAAUCUUGGCAUUCAAGCCACUGUUGAUGAGGCACUUUAUCAGUUGGGUCUCGAUAUGGAGGAAUUAGAGGAAAUCGAAGAAGAUGCAGGACUGGGAAAUGGUGGAUUGGGACGUUUAGCAGCGUGUUUCCUUGAUUCUAUGGCUACGCUUGGGAUUCCCGCCUGUGGAUAUGGGCUACGUUACGAAUAUGGAAUCUUCAAGCAGUUCAUCAAAGACGGAUGGCAGACCGAAGAGCCUGAUGACUGGCUUCGUUUCGACAAUCCAUGGGAGAAGGCUCGUCCGGAAUACAUGCUGCCGGUGAACUUUUAUGGUCGAGUCGAAAAGGACGAUGAUGGAAAGUCGAAAUGGGUCGAAACACAGCUCGUCUUCGCGAUGCCGUAUGACACGCCAAUUCCUGGAUAUCAGAACAACGUGGUCAACACUUUGCGGUUGUGGUCAGCGAAAGCCGAGAACCACUUCCACCUCAAGUUCUUCAACGAUGGCGAAUAUGUGCAAGCGGUGAUGGACAGGAAUACGUCGGAGAACAUCACCCGCGUGCUCUACCCGAACGACAACAUGUUUGUGGGAAAGGAGCUGCGCCUGAAGCAACAAUAUUUCCUCGUUGCCGCGUCUCUACAGGAUAUCAUUCGUCGCUUCAAAUCUGCGAAAUACGGCUGCCGAGACUUGCUCCGCGUCGACUUCAGCACGUUCCCGGAUAAGGUGGCAAUUCAACUCAACGACACGCAUCCGUCGAUUGGAAUCCCGGAACUGAUGCGCCUUCUAGUGGAUGUCGAGGAGAUUUCGUGGGAUGCUGCAUGGGAGAUCUGCCAGAAGACGUACGCGUACACCAAUCACACUUUGUUGCCCGAAGCGCUGGAGCGAUGGCCGGUCUCUCUCAUCGAACGUCUACUUCCUCGUCACUUGGAGAUCAUCUACAAGAUCAAUCAUUGUUUCAUGAAGACAGUGCAAGAAAGAUUCCCCAAAGAUGAGGAGCGAUUGCGCCGGAUGUCGAUUGUGGAAGAAGCAGAUCAAUUUGGUGAAAAGCGCAUCAACAUGGCUCAUCUGUGCAUCGUCGCAUCGCAUGUUAUUAAUGGAGUUGCUGCGCUGCACUCGAAUCUGCUCAAAUCACACACAUUCAAGGAUUUCUACGAGAUGUUCCCUGAAAAGUUCCAAAACAAAACGAAUGGAAUCACGCCACGAAGAUGGCUUCUACUCUCAAAUCCAAUGCUUGCUGAUCUUAUCUGCGAGAAAAUCGGCGACUCUUGGAUCACAAACUUGGACGAGUUGCAGAAACUAAAGCAAUUCAAAGAUGAUCAAACACUUUUGAGAGAGCUACGGCGAGUCAAGAUGGAGAACAAAUUGCGAGUGGCCAAAUACCUGAAGGAGGAAUAUGAUGUGUCGAUUAAUCCGUCCUCGCUCUUUGACAUUCACGUUAAACGCAUCCAUGAGUACAAGCGGCAACUGUUGAACAUUCUGCAUGUGAUCGCCCUCUACAAUCGGAUCAAGGAAAACCCGGAGAUCGAAAUGGUGCCACGAACCGUCAUGUUUGGAGGAAAGGCUGCGCCCGGAUACCACAUGGCAAAGUUAGUGAUUCGGCUAGUUACAGCUGUUGCUGAAACGGUGAACAAUGACCCGAUCGUUGAAGACAAGUUAAAGGUGGUUUUCCUUGAGAAUUAUCGCGUCUCGAUGGCCGAGAAGAUCAUCCCAUCGGCGGAUCUGUCUGAGCAAAUUUCAACCGCUGGAACCGAAGCUUCGGGCACAGGAAAUAUGAAGUUUAUGUUGAACGGAGCCCUUACAAUUGGAACAAUGGACGGAGCAAAUGUGGAAAUGGCAGAAGAGAUGGGACUCGAGAAUAUCUUCAUCUUCGGAAUGAACGUCAAGGAAGUCGAGGAGCUACAAUCACAAUAUCGAGCCGAGGAUUUCAUCGCGGAGAGUCCAACCUUGAAGCGAAUCAUCGAAGAGAUUGAAGCGGGAAUGUUCACACCUGAAGACCCUGGCCAGCUCAAAGAGGUCGCAGAUAUGUUGCGCACAAAUGACCGAUUCAUGGUUUGCGCCGACUUCGAUGCCUAUAUCAAAUGCCAAGACAAAGUUGCCGAAGCAUACUUGGAUCAAGAGAAAUGGACUCGAAUGGCGCUGAUGAACAUUGCUUCAACAGGGAAAUUCUCGGCCGAUCGCACGAUUGCAGAAUAUUCUCGCGAGAUCUGGAACAUUGAGCCAAAUGCCGAACGCUUGCCUGCACCGUACGAGGGAGUACCCGAAUCGGGAGAAGCAACUAAAGAA